UAUAUAUUUUUUUGCAAAUUUUGAUAAUUCCAAUAUAUUUUUAUGGUUAUGUGUAGAUGUCUAAGAAGAAGAACUUCGAGUUACUUGGCUUAUUGCGUACUCAUAAUAAAACAUAUACGAAAUUGUUGGAACAAGUCUGCAAUGGUCAAGACUGGACCAUGGGAACUGCUAAGAGAGAUUUAUUCUGGAGUAACUUUGUUUCUAGAUUGUGUCAGAAAACUGGCUUAGAAAACAAGAAAGACAUGGACGUUGCGUGUCAGCAUUAUUGCGACGAUCUCAAACUGACGUACAAGUACAUGCGGAAGACCAGCAACCCUUAUCCUAUUGAAUGUGUUUCGGUAGAAACUUGGGGUCAAAUGACUCGUAUUUUUGGUGGCUGUACUCCAUCCACUUCAACAGGGAGGAGUUCGCAGUCAAGAGGGAGCACUUCCUCUAGAAGAUCAGGUGUGUAUAAGCAAGUAAAAAAAGAUGUCAUCUAAAUAAGUCGAAACUACGCGAUGCUCUUGCUGAAUUGGCAUAUUAUGGUCAUUUGGACUUCGAUGCGAUUGGAAGAGUCGAACAAUAUGUAACCAAAUGCAAAACAAGUCUGCACACUUUUAUGGGGGGAUCUCAGGAGUAUAAGGCGUCCGUGGUUCGCAAGUAUCUGGAGAACGAUUCUCAAGUCCCAAAAUCCGUUUGGCAAACUUGAAAAAAUGGGAACUCAGUUGUUAAUGUAUUGUGGUUGAUACAAUUAAGAGAAUUGAAAUGUUGUGGUUUAUACAACUACAAGUGUAAAACUGGGAUUAUUUUCUAUUGUUCCUGACUUGUUUAACCCAAUUAACCCGCCAACCUGA